AUGGAGGGGAGUCCAGUCAGUGCCUCGCUGGGCGCCAUGGGCUCCCUUCCACGGAAGCUCGAUGAGCUCUUGGCGACCAGACACUGGGUUCUGCGGGGCGCUCUGAUGGAUGAGAUCGAGCAGCUCACGACCGACCUUUGCAUCCUGUACAAAUUAAUGCUGAAGCUCUCAGAUGCGCCGCAGGAACCUCCUAUGGCUGCGAGGUAUUGGAUGAAGGAAGUGCGCGAGCUUUCCUACAACAUGGACGACUUUGCCGACCAAUUCCUCCAUGCUCAUGGCCGUGCCAAGAUCUGCAGAGCUGCUCGCCACAAGAAUAAAAAAAUUUCUCGGGUAAAGAUUAAAUGUCUUCGAGAGAGGCGGAGGUGGCGCCCAUGGAUCACUGACAAGAUUUCAGAAUUCAGGACUCGAGCGCAGGAGGCGAUUCAGCGAUACCAGCGGUACAAGUUUGAUGAUUGCGCCUCCAGUCCUGGAUUCUCACGUAUUGGCCAUGAGCUUCCAAGUAUUUGGUCAGAUGCUGAUGAUCUUGUUGGCAUAGAAGGCCCAACGGAUGAGCUUGAGAGGUGGUUGAUCAAUGGAGAGGAGCAGCUCAAGGUGGUGUCCAUUGUGGGUGUUGCAGGAAUCGGUAAGACCACUCUUGCCUUAAAGUUGUGGGGUAAGCUCUGUGGACAAUUCGAGUGUGGGGCAUUUGUGCGGACAGCCCAAAAACCCGAUAUGAGGGGUAUUCUCAGGAACAUACUCUUCCAAGUUCGGCCGCACCAACCUCCAAACCAUGGCGAGAUGCGUCACCUGAUCAACGACCUCAGGGAAUAUCUACAAGACAAGAGGUACUUUGUUAUAAUUGAUGACUCAUGGGCUACAUCACUAUGGGAUGUGGUUAGUCGCGCUUUUCCACAGAGUAAUAGUUGCAGCAGAAUAAUAACUACGACAGAAAUUAUGGAAGUAGCUCUCGCAUGUCGCUGUUUUUGCCCUGAGCAUAUUUUUAAAAUGGAACCUCUUAGUGAUGAUGACUCAGAGAAAUUACUGCUCCAACGAAUGCUUGUCCCAGGAAAUCAAAGUCCUCAACAAUUUGAUGAUGUUAUACCUCAGAUUAUGAGAAGUUGUGGUGGCUUGCCACUAGCAAUCAUCAUUGUAGCCAGAAUUUUAGCAAGCCAACCUGAGAAGCUAGAGCAAUGGGGCAGUACACAGAAUUCUUCUGGUUCCAUUUUCGGGGCAAAUCCUAGCAUGGAAGGGUUUAUGGGACGAAUAUUGAACAUUUGCUUCAUUAGUCUUCCACAUUAUUUGAAGACAUGUCUGCUCCAUCUUAGUACAUAUCCAGAGGGCUAUCUAUUCUUGAAAUAUGACGUAGUGAAGCAAUGGGUGGCUGAUGGUUUUAUAUGUGCAAACGAAGGUCAAGACAUGGAGGAAGUUGCCGGGAGCUAUUUUGAUGAACUUGUCAGUAUGGGCCUUAUCCAAGUUAUGGAUAUCAGCUGCGAUUUUGAGUCGUUGUCUUAUUCAGUACACCAGCUGGUACUUCAUCUCAUUACAUACAAGUCCGUUGAAGAGAACUUCAUCACUGUAGUGGAUUAUUCGCAAACAACAAUACCACUUGCUGAUAAAGUUCGUCGAUUGUCGCUCCACUUCGGCAGUGCAACAUGUGCAACUACACCAGAAAGCACCAGAUUAUCGCAAGUUCGAUCACUUUUCUUUUCUGGCCUGUUUAACUGCAUGCCUUCAUUCGUGGUGUUUAAGCUUCUUCGAGUUCUAAUACUUCAUCUUUGGGAUGAUACUGGAACCAAGACAUUGAACCUCACAGGAAUUUGUGAACUUUUUCGGUUGAGAUAUUUGCAGGUCACAUGUAAUGUCACUGUAAAGCUACCAGAUAAGAUUGAAGGGAUGAAACACCUAGAAACACUGGAAAUAAACACACAGGUACUUGAUAUUCCACUGGACAUUGUUAGACUUCCGAGCUUGUUGCAUCUUUGUCUUCGAGGUGCAAAUCUACCUAGUGGGAUUGGGUGCAUCAGAUCUCUACGUACACUCAUGUAUUUUGACCUUGGCAAUAGCUCUGAAGACAACCUAUGGGACCUUGGUGAGCUGACAAACCUGAGGGAUCUUCAUCUCGCAUUUUCUUCAUCACUCUCUAGUGAACAUUUGAAAAGAAAUCUGAUAGCUCUGGCCUCUUUACUUGGGAAACUUUGUAACCUCAAAUCUCUCACUCUGGCUGCUGGUACUGCUGGAACGGUGGUUCUUUUUGAUGUUUCAAGCGGCAUGUCGGCCCCCAUCUUUCUCGAGAGACUUGAGUUGCUGCCGCACAUUUGCAUCUUGUCCAGACUUCCCAAGUGCAUCGGACAACUCCACAAAAUCUGCAUUAUGAAAGUUGCUGUCAGAGAACUGCCGAUGAGUGAUAUUGCUAUCCUCACAGGAUUACCUUCUCUCACAGUUCUUUGGCUGUCUGUUCAGACAGCUCCUGGGGGAAGGAUCGUCUUCAGCGACAGGGCAUUCUCCGUUCUCAAGUAUUUCAAGUUUAGAUGUGGUGUAUUUUGCAUGUCUUUCAUGGCAGGAACCAUGCCCAAUCUUCGUAGGCUCAAGCUAGGUUUCAACGCCCAUAUCGGGGAGAAGUAUGACAACAUGCUAGCCGGAAUUGAGCACCUUUUAACUCUCCAGUACAUUGCUGCACAAAUUGGAGCUACCACUGAAUCAGACUGGAGGGCAGCAGAGUCAGCGAUCAACAAUGCCAUUGACAAGCACCCAAGGUUUCCUAGAAGUAACUUACAGUGGGUGGAUCCGAUAGAGGAAGAAUGUCGUCCUUCAGAGAAACAUCAUUGGAGCCAAGAAAAAGGCACAUUAGGUUUUGACAUCAACGUGCUUCUCAAAGAAGCAAGGAGCAGGUGGUUAAAGCCUUCUGAAGUUUACUAUAUCUUGUUGAAUCAUGAGCAGCUUCAUAUCACCCAUGAGCCACCAAAUAAGCCACCCAGUGGCUCACUAUUCCUUUAUAAUCGCCGUGUGAAUCGGUUUUUCCGGAAAGAUGGUUAUGCAUGGCGAAGGAAGAAAGAUGGAAGAACUGUCGGGGAGGCUCACGAGCGAUUAAAGGUUGGAAACGUUGAUGCUCUGAGUUGCUACUAUGCUCAUGGAGAGCAAAAUCCGUAUUUUCAGAGACGAUGCUUAUGGAUGCUGGAACCUGCAUACGAUCACAUUGUGCUGGUACAAUAUAGAGAAGUGGCCGAGGUAUGUGAGUUUUUCGAAACGGGGGACUCCCCGGACUCUGCAUUAGAGUGA